UUUUUCCGUUACGGAGCAUACCGGCUAGAGAGUAUUAAAAUGUCCGGACGCGGGAAGCAGGGCGGCAAGGCGCGCGCCAAGGCCAAGACGCGCUCGUCGCGGGCGGGUCUGCAGUUCCCGGUGGGCCGCGUGCACCGCCUGCUCCGCAAGGGCAACUACUCGGAGCGGGUCGGGGCCGGCGCGCCCGUGUACCUGGCGGCCGUGCUCGAGUACCUGACGGCCGAGAUCCUGGAGCUGGCGGGCAACGCGGCGCGCGACAACAAGAAGACGCGCAUCAUCCCGCGCCACCUGCAGCUGGCCAUCCGCAACGACGAGGAGCUCAACAAGCUGCUGGGCCGCGUCACCAUCGCGCAGGGCGGCGUGCUGCCCAACAUCCAGGCCGUGCUGCUGCCCAAGAAGACCGAGAGCCACCAUAAGGCCAAGAGCAAGUAAGACGGCGCGCAAGUCGACCGGCGGCAAGGCCCCGCGCAAGCAGCUGGCCACCAAGGCGGCCCGCAAGAGCGCGCCGGCCACGGGCGGCGUGAAGAAGCCGCACCGCUACCGGCCCGGCACGGUGGCCCUGCGCGAGAUCCGGCGCUACCAGAA